AUGAAUAACACUAUUCAUAUAAAAAUAUCUGUCCAACUUGCAAAGCUAUUAGUGAUACUUUAUAAUCUUCUAAAGAAGGAAAUGAUUCAAAUCAUCUUCAAAUUGCCAACAAUUUUUUGAGGUUAAAAAUUUUUAGGAAUUAUUUGGGCCGAAAGAAGGCGACAUUACUUGGUUGCUUUCUAUUUUGUGAAAAGGUUCACCGAGUUGUAAGGGCACAAGAAGUUUGCAUGUCGUUCUUUUUUCAAAGGAAUUGGCAGAGUUUUCUGGAAGGUAGAGAUACGGUUUGUUCGAAGAGUCUGCAGCGUACAGCAAGUUAGUAUCCUUUGGGUUCUGGUGGGAUUUCGUCGAACAUAUACUGGAAGCGCAAGCCAAGUGCUUAGAGUUACCUUUUAUUCAGUACCCCUGGAGAGUACGGUUGAGUUGGACAAUUGUUGUUCGAAUUGUACGAGGCUAGUGGUUUGACUAGGAAGUUGAGAGCAUGGCAAGCGAUAUCACAAACAUUACUGGAGGGGAUGACCUCUUUAACCGCUACAAAAUGCCACGUAUUGUGGCCAAAGUAGAAGGUCGCGGUAAUGGGAUAAAGACUCGAAUAGUAAACUGCGGUCAAGUAGCAAAGGCCUUACACCGCCCUCCAAGUUACGUUUGCAAGUUCUUUGGAUGUGAACUUGGCGCACAAACAAAAAUAGAAGAAAAGUCAGACGUCUAUAUAGUUAAUGGAGCACAUGAACAGCAGGUAUUGAUGGAGGUUUUGCAAAAGUUCAUCAAGAUGUUCGUGCUGUGUGCCAACUGCAAUCUCCCUGAAACGGACUUGCAGGUGGACAAGAAAGGGAACAUCAAACAAGUUUGUGCUGCUUGCGGUCACAGUGAACUUGUGAAUAUGGCACACAAACUAUGUACUUUUAUUCAAAAUCACCCUCCUGAAGGAAAGAGCACUUCGAAGAAAGAGGCAAGGAAAAAGAAGAAAGAAGAAGUUGACGUCAUAAAGAAGAGUUCCAGAUCACGUAAGAAGAAAACAGAAGAUGAUACACAAUCCAAAAGAUCUUCUAGGAGCAACCAAACUUCAAGCCAAGACAGUAAUGAAGAAGAAGUUGAGGAAAAUGGUGUAGAGAACGACAGCCUUGAAACAAAUGUGUUACCCCCAGGUGGAUUAGGCAACGCUAAUCUUGAUGAAUUGGCAGAAAACGCCGCAAAGAGUCUCGUCAUAAGCUCUACUAAUUCGCCCAAGCAGUCCAAACCAGGGAAAAAUGAAGGAGAUGAUCAUUUGCAAUGGUCUGCAGAUACAUCCAAAGAAGCUGUAAAGGCAAGACAGGCAGAGGCGGCAGCAGCAGCAAAAGUUUUGGAAGGUUUGACGGAAUCCAAGAAGAAGAAAGGUACUGUUCCUGUCGAGAACGAUAGGAAAGAAGAUCCAAUAGCAUCUUUGCGGGAGUUCAGCACAAAUCACAGUGUUCCAGUAAUAGCAGAGAAAGUACUAGAAUGGUUCCCUUCCAAUGAAAGCUCACUGGCGGAUCAAACAGAACAAGUCUUACGGUCUUUGUUGAGAAGCGAGGAUGUGAAAGCAAAAGGAUUAGAAAGCAAGGUUCAAAUGAUUGCUGGAGUUAUCCGUGCUUUGGCAGCGUCUGGAGGUAACUCACAAGUUCCUGUUGAAAUCCAGUGGAAGAUGUGUAACUACACGGAAGAAUUAUGUGCAAACUUGGCCAAGGUUCCGGUAGCAGUUCUUUUAAAAGUGCUUUAUGAUGAAGAUGUGGUAGAAGAAGAUAUAAUACUAAAAUGGUAUUAUACUGAAAGCAAAACAAAGAGCGGAAAGCUUGCUAGGACUAAUGCUUCUGCGUUGAUUGAAUGGUUGGAGAAUGCUGAGUCGGAAAGUGAUUCUUCAGCUUGAUUGCUUGGGUUGAAAGUAUUGUGUGAUUUGUUGAUCCAACUUGUGGAAUAAAGUGCGUUUCAAGAAA